AUGGCUGUGCUACUUGAUAAUCGUAUGAUAUCUAUGAUUCUUACUGUUCCUCGUGUAAAAGAAUUAACUACACUAUCUCAAUCAAUUGAAAAUCUUCAUCAAAAAUCACUUUCAUCUUUUAAAAAUCAUAAACCUCCAUCAAUACCUAUUUAUCAAGGAUCCAUAAUUCGUAUUGAAAAACAUCAUGAUAAACAAAAUAUAUCGGAUUUAAUUGUUCGUGUACCCAAUUUUCGUCAUUCAUCAUCAUCACCAUCAGUUACAAUUUCAACAUGUCCAACUAAUAUUAAUGAAUUAAAUGAAAGAGAAAGUCAACGAGAAACAAGUUUUAAACGACGUGCUCCAAUCUGUCCUAUUUUCAAUGGUUCUCGUAAUCAUAGUCUUCCUUCAAAUUUAGAUACAACAGACACGAUUAAUAAUUCAAAUGUAAAUCAAACAGAAUCAAAUAUACGAUUAACAAAUACAAAACGUAUAACAAUUGGUUUAAAAAAUCUCAGUCAGACACUUACAACUAAUUGUAAAUCAAAACGAACAACAACAACAACAGAUAUUAAUGAAAUAAUGAUUAUUCCAGCUCUUCCUGAUGUUGAAGUAAUAACAGAAGAUUUUCAAAUACCUUCAUCAUCAUCACCAAAAAGUAAUACUAAAAAUCAAAAUUUAACAUCGAAAUUUCUUACACCAAAAAUAUUAUCUAUUAAACAAAAAUGUUGUAAAAUUAAACGAAAACAACCAUCAUCAAAUAUCAUACAUAUUCAAACUAGUUCCGAAGAUGCCACAAUUGAAAAUUCACAAACAGAUAUUAAUUCAAAAGAUGAUGAAAACAAUCACGAAGUUAAACAAGAAUCUACACAACUUAAACCUAAAAUUCCAAUAAUUCUAUUCGAUUUCGAAUCUUCCUCGACACAUCGUUAUAGUACAAUUCCAGGAUUUCCAUUAAAUUCUCAUGAUUUAGAAGAUAUUUCAUCAACAAAUAACAUUCAAACUGAUACAUUUAUAUCUAAAGAUAAUCUUGAUUCAUCAACAGAUAUGCAAUCAUCAAUUCCUAGUCAUGAUGAUAAUAAUGAUGAAACAGUAUAUGUUGUUCAUCCAAAUGGUGAUACAUAUUCCGAAUGUUAUGAAGUUACUUAUCAAUUUGAUCCAGAAUUUCAACAAUUUUUAAAUAAACAGAAUUAUCUUACAGAGAUUGAAAAUCAAUUUACUGAAUAUCAAGGUUUAACUAAUAAUUACGAACAAAUUCAAUCUAAUAAUAACGAAACAAAUAGAUCACAAGAAGAAUCAAACGUCUAUGAUGAUCAAACAAUAAAUAAUCCAUCUGGUUUAUCAUCUUCACAAGAAAAUGAAGAACUUUUAUGUCUCAAUGAAGAUUAUACAGUUAUUAUACAACUUCUUAAAAAUGUUUUACAAUUAGAAAGAAUUUCAAAUAAUGUUGAUGAAGUUAAUCAACAACUUGGUCAAAUUAAUCAGACAGACUAA